AUGGUGACAACUUUCAAUGACGAGAUACACCUCACUUCACAAAAUGAAGACCACCAUCCAUAUAUCAAACCAACAAAGAGGCCUGAGGACCUCAAGAAACAGAAGCUGGUUUUGAGAUCCCAAUCCACCAUGUUUGCACUUGCAGUCUUCCUGCUCCUGCUCACUGAAACCACAGCCCACAAACCUCAUGAUACAUCGGGGCAUGGAAGGGGCUGCAUCGCCAGGGAGAGGGAAGCCCUGUUGUCCAUUAAAGCAGGCAUGGUAGACGAUGAUAGCCUGAGCCUCUUCUCAUCAUGGCACGGGCAGGACUGCUGCCGGUGGAUGGGCGUCAGGUGCAGCAACAGAACUGGCCAUGUCGUCAAGCUCGACCUUCACGAAGGAUUCCUCGUAGGCGAGAUAAGUUCUUCAUUGAAAGAUCUAGAGCAUCUGCAACACUUAGACCUCAGUGUAAACUAUCUUACGGGGCCGCGAGGCCGCCUUCCAGAUUUCUUAGGGUCUCUUCAUGAUUUACGGUACCUCAACCUCUCUGGCCUGAACUUUUCUGGUCCAGUGCCCCAUCAGCUUGGUAAUCUCUCGAAGUUGCGAUAUCUUGAUCUGGCAUCUGGUUAUGAUCAAUUGUACUCCAAAGAUAUUUCAUGGCUACGACAACUCUCUUCGCUCAAGUAUCUUGACAUGACUUCUGUGAACCUCAGCACAGUAACUGGUUGGGUUGAUACACUGAACAUGCUGUCCUUUCUUGAGGUCCUCAGGCUAACUGGUUGUUGGCUCCCUCCGAACAAUAGCACAGUCCACUCUGCUCCCCACACAAAUCUCACUAGGCUCAAGACCUUAGACCUCUCUUUCAAUUCAUUUGAAACAUUUCAUAGUGUUGCCUUCGUUUGGGGUGCAACCAGCCUGAAACAUCUGAAUCUUGAAGAGAACAUGAUCGAUGAAGUGCUGCCCGCAGAACUGGGAAACUUGAGCGCACUUGAAAUCCUUCAGCUGAGUGGGAGCUUCGUAAAGGGAAUGUUACCAGAUACUCUGAUCAAUCUUUGCAAUCUGAAAAUAAUUGACCUGACAUGGAAUGAAAUUGAAGGGGAUGUGACAGGGUUCAUCGAGAGGUUGCCAAAAUGUUCAUUGAGUAAGUUGCAGGUGCUGCUUCUGGAUCAUAAUAACAUAACUGGCUCCCUGCCAGAUUCAGUCAGCCGCAUGACUAGCUUGAUCACCCUUAAUCUGGCUUUCAAUGGGCUUACAGGAAAUCUGACCACUGGGAUAGGCAAUCUUUCUAACUUGACUUACCUUGACCUCCGCUACAAUCAGAUGGGUGGGCUGAUCACUGAAGAACACUUCUCCAAGCUUCCACAUUUGCAAGAACUGCACUUAUCUGCAAAUUCAUUUACCAUGGAGUGGAACUCUGAAUGGGUCCCUCCAUUCGGCUUGCAGAUAUUAGGAUUGAAAUCAUGUUGUGUUGGGCCAGGAUUCCCUCAAUGGCUCAAAUGGCAGGAGAAUAUCUCCGAACUUUAUAUGUCCAAUGCCAGCAUAGCUGAUACCAUGCCUGAUUGGUUUUGGGUUGUUUUUUCAAAGGCUGCAAUUUUGGACCUCUCAAAUAAUAACAUUAGCGGCAGCCUACCAGCUACUCUUGGACAAAUGGAAGCUUCUUUACUGGAUCUCAGCUCAAAUCAAUUCAUUGGCUCAGUAAAACAAAUACCUCCGAAUAUAACCACUUUGGAUCUCUCUAGAAACUCUCUGUCAGGGCCACUACCAUUAAAUAUCAGAUCACCAUUGUCCGUAGAUGCUCUGGUUCUUUCUGACAAUUACUUCACAGGCACGAUCCCAACAUCAAUAUGCCAAAUGAAGUCCUUGAAAUUGUUUGACAUUGGAAACAACAUGAUAACAGGUCAGCUCCCUCAAUGUUCAGAAUAUAUGGCAUCAAGAUCAAGCAUGGUCUCGCCUGAUACAGCGUCUCCAAUUACCGAUUCUAACUCUAAUACAUCAACUGAGCCUAUGUCAAUUGAAACUCUGAGGCUCAACAACAACAACCUCUCUGACGAAUUCCCUUUGUUAUUACAGAAUUGCCCAGAACUAACGUUCAUUGAUCUUGGGCAAAAUAAGUUUUUUGGAAGCAUACCAGCAUGGAUUGGUGAGAAAUUAGCCCAUCUGGGUAUUUUGCGUCUCAGGUCCAACAUGUUUUCUGGCUAUAUACCUAGCCAGCUUAGAAGACUUGUUCGUCUCCAAUAUUUGGACCUUGCACACAACAACCUCUCAGGAAAUAUACCUGAGUCUCUGCUUAACAUGGAUGGUGUUAAUGAUAUCGCAGAAAUAGAAUUUGUGUACAAUCCAUCCGUGCCUUACGGUAACUCCGACGAAGUAGCUGACAGUCUAGGGCCUGAUCCAUACGCGAGCAUAUCUGCAGUCACAAAAGGACAACAGCGUGAAUAUACUGGUCACUUCAUAUACAUGGUGAAUCUAGAUUUGUCCUGCAACCAUUUAACUGGAGGCAUCCCCAAAAGAAUAGGUCCUACCACAGGGUUAGUGAACAUGAAUUUGUCUAGGAACCAUUUGACUGGAAAAAUCCCAGAGAACAUUGGUUCUAUGCACUCAUUGGAAUCACUUGACCUCUCAGAUAACAAGAUUUCUGGUGAAAUCCCUUCAAGCCUAUCUGAUCUAACAUCACUAAGUUACCUAAACUUGUCAUACAACAACUUAUCAGGAAGAAUACCCUCGGGCCACCAGCUGGAUGCUCUCAACCCUACCAAUCCAGCAUCUAUGUACACUGGCAACAUUGGUCUCUGCGGUCCUCCUCUUCGGAAGAGCUGCUCUGGAAGUACGGUACAAAGCCACUUCUCAAUAAGCAAGGAAGGAUCAGAGAUAAUGACACUCUAUUAUGGACUAAGCGUGGGUUUCGUGGUUGGCCUCUGGGUGGUGUUCUGCUCCCUUUUGUUCAAGAAAACAUGGAGGACUUCCUAUUUCCUAUUAUUUGAUGAGCAAUGUGAUGCGCUAUACGUGCUUGCGGUCGUAAAUUGGGCAAGAAUGACGACGAAGGCAACCCCAACAAACUAA